AUGGUUGCCUUCAAGACUAUGAUUAUAGCAUCCCUUUUGUUAAUGCACUUGUUGGAGACAAAUAAUGCAGCUGCUUCCAAGAACAUUACAACCGAUGAGGCUGCUCUUUUAGCCUUCAAGUCUCAAAUAACUUUUGACCCCUUUGAAAUUUUGUCCAAAAACUGGACAAAAGGGACUGAAAUUUGCAAUUGGAUUGGCAUUUCUUGCAGUAAAAGGCAUCAUGAAAGAGUGACAGCAUUAGUCCUCAGAAGCUUGGGAUUUAGAGGUUCCGUUUCUAAAGAAAUUGGGAACCUCUCCUUCCUUAGGAUUCUGGAUAUUGGAAACAACAGUUUCCAUGGCAAAAUCCCCUACGAAAUCGGGCGUCUGAGGCGUAUAAACUACUUGUCCUUGCAAAUGAAUAAUCUAACUGGUGAAAUCCCAGCAAGUCUUGGGUUACUUAACAAGAUUGAAAUGCUGGAUCUUUCUGAUAAUGAUUUACAUGGACAUGUUCCCUUCAAUGUCAUCUCGGCCUCCUUAUUGAUCAUGGAUUUGGGACAAAAUCGCCUUACUGGGAAUCUCCCAACGGAAUUUUGUACUAGCAUUCCAAAGUUGCAGGGUUUAUCACUCUCACGUAAUCAAUUAGUAGGCCAAAUCCCAAGUGGCCUGAAUAAAUGCACACAACUUCUUUAUCUUUCCUUGUCAUAUAAUCAGCUCACAGGUAAUGCUCACUCUUGGACUACAUUUUCGUUUCUAUCUUCUCUUCUGUAUUUGGUUUUUGUCCCGUUGAAUCUUACUGUCUGGCGAGCAAGGUUUUCAGGAUGA